GCGCUCUCUCGCGCGCCCGGUGUCUCCCUCUCUCUGCCUCUGCAGAAACAGCUCCCUGCCAGAACGGCGCUCGGCGCGGCGCGGCACGGCCCGGAGCGGCGACGGCGGCUCUUCCUGCCUCCUCGCCCUCAGGAGUUGGUGGCUCUUUUUGACAGAAAAAAACCGGGAAGGGGCCUCGGGGAGGACUCGCCAAGAGCGGGCAGAGACAUCUCAGCUCCCUGGUGGCCCGGGCAGACCCCCUUUGCCCCCCGUGUUGGGGUCCAUUGCUUUCGCUUGCCCCUCCUUUCCGCCUCUUCUCGCUCUGCCUCUCUCGAUUUAUUUUUUCAAAUGGUGUAGCCGCCAGAGGUGCGGUGCUAAAUUCUUGGAAGGGGCCCGGAUGUACUGAGGAUGCAUUACAAUCUCACUAAAGGAGGCAGUAGUGGAAAGGAGCAGUUUUUGGUGUUCGAUGCAAUAAUGGGAAUCAGGUAAUCAUCAGAAGGGAAGAAGAAAUACUGCGGAUCCACGGCUUCCUUGAAUGCACGAAAGCCGCCGACCUCGGAGGAGGGAUUAAUCCAGACCCGCUUGCGGGUGUUUUCACAUUUCUUCCUCUUUGUGGCUUCUUCUCCUUUUUCAAACAAUUUUUGGUCAAUGGUCAAUGAAAAUACGAGGAUGUACAUUCCAGAGGAAAACCACCAAGGUUCCAACUAUGGGAGCCCGCGCCCAGCUCAUGCCAACAUGAAUGCUAACGCAGCUGCGGGACUUGCCCCUGAGCACAUCCCUACCCCAGGGGCAGCCCUGUCCUGGCAGGCAGCCAUCGAUGCAGCCCGGCAGGCCAAGCUGAUGGGCAGUGCUGGCAAUGCUACCAUCUCCACGGUCAGCUCCACGCAGCGGAAGCGGCAGCAGUAUGGGAAACCCAAGAAGCAGGGUGGUACAACUGCUACGCGGCCACCCCGUGCUCUGCUCUGCCUGACCCUGAAGAACCCCAUCCGGAGAGCAUGUAUAAGCAUCGUCGAAUGGAAACCAUUUGAAAUAAUUAUUUUACUGACUAUUUUUGCCAAUUGUGUGGCCUUAGCAAUCUAUAUUCCCUUUCCAGAAGAUGAUUCCAAUGCCACCAAUUCCAACCUGGAACGAGUGGAAUAUCUCUUUCUCAUAAUUUUUACUGUGGAAGCAUUUUUAAAAGUAAUCGCCUAUGGUCUUCUCUUUCACCCCAACGCUUACCUCCGCAAUGGAUGGAAUUUACUAGAUUUUAUAAUUGUGGUUGUAGGGCUUUUUAGUGCAAUUUUAGAACAAGCAACCAAAGCAGAUGGGGCCAAUGCUCUCGGAGGGAAAGGGGCUGGAUUUGAUGUGAAGGCACUGAGGGCUUUCCGUGUGCUGCGUCCCCUGAGGCUGGUGUCUGGAGUCCCAAGUCUGCAGGUGGUCCUGAACUCCAUCAUCAAGGCCAUGGUGCCCCUGCUGCACAUUGCCCUGCUAGUGCUCUUCGUCAUCAUCAUCUACGCCAUCAUUGGCCUGGAACUCUUCAUGGGGAAGAUGCAUAAGACAUGCUACAACCAGGAGGGCAUAGCAGAUGUUCCAGCAGAAGAGGAUCCUUCCCCCUGUGCUUUGGAGACCGGCCAUGGGCGGCAGUGUCAGAAUGGCACUGUGUGCAAGCCUGGGUGGGAUGGACCCAAGCACGGCAUCACCAACUUUGACAAUUUUGCCUUUGCCAUGUUGACGGUGUUCCAGUGUAUCACCAUGGAGGGCUGGACGGACGUGCUGUAUUGGGUCAAUGAUGCCGUAGGAAGGGACUGGCCCUGGAUCUAUUUUGUUACACUAAUCAUCAUAGGGUCAUUUUUUGUACUUAACUUGGUUCUCGGUGUUCUUAGCGGAGAGUUUUCCAAAGAGAGGGAGAAGGCCAAGGCUCGGGGAGACUUCCAGAAGCUAAGAGAGAAACAGCAGCUGGAAGAAGAUCUCAAAGGCUACCUGGACUGGAUCACUCAGGCAGAAGACAUUGAUCCUGAGAACGAGGAUGAAGGCAUGGAUGAGGAGAAGCCCCGAAACAGUGAGCAGCCAUCUUCUCAUGCCACCAGUGAGACCGAGUCUGUCAACACCGAAAAUGUGGCUGGAGGUGACAUGGAAGGAGAAAACUGCGGGGCCAGGCUGGCCCACCGGAUCUCCAAAUCGAAGUUCAGUCGCUACUGGCGGAGAUGGAAUCGAUUCUGCAGAAGAAAGUGCCGUGCUGCGGUCAAGUCUAAUGUCUUCUACUGGCUCGUGAUCUUCCUGGUGUUUCUCAAUACACUCACCAUUGCCUCAGAGCAUUACAACCAGCCUCACUGGCUCACAGAAGUGCAAGACACGGCCAAUAAGGCCCUAUUGGCCCUUUUCACUGCAGAGAUGCUCCUGAAGAUGUACAGCCUGGGCCUGCAGGCCUACUUUGUGUCCCUCUUCAAUCGGUUUGACUGUUUCAUCGUGUGUGGGGGCAUCUUGGAGACCAUCCUAGUGGAGACCAAGAUCAUGUCUCCCUUGGGCAUCUCUGUGCUGAGAUGUGUCCGGUUACUGAGGAUAUUUAAAAUCACAAGGUACUGGAACUCCUUAAGCAACCUGGUGGCAUCCUUACUGAACUCUGUGCGGUCCAUUGCCUCCCUGCUUCUGCUUCUCUUCCUCUUUAUCAUCAUCUUCUCCCUCCUGGGGAUGCAGCUCUUUGGAGGAAAGUUCAACUUCGAUGAGAUGCAGACUCGGAGGAGCACAUUUGAUAACUUCCCCCAGUCCCUCCUCACUGUGUUUCAGAUCCUGACCGGGGAGGACUGGAAUUCGGUGAUGUAUGAUGGGAUCAUGGCUUAUGGCGGCCCCUCUUUUCCAGGGAUGUUAGUCUGUAUUUACUUCAUCAUCCUCUUCAUCUGUGGAAAUUAUAUCCUACUGAAUGUAUUCUUGGCCAUUGCUGUGGACAACCUGGCUGAUGCCGAGAGUCUCACCUCUGCCCAAAAGGAGGAGGAAGAAGAGAAGGAAAGAAAGAAGUUGGCCAGGACUGCCAGCCCAGAGAAGAAACAAGAGGUGGUAGAGAAGCCAGCGGUGGAGGAGACCAAGGAGGAGAAAAUUGAGCUAAAAUCCAUUACUGCUGAUGGAGAGUCCCCCGCCACCACAAAGAUCAACAUGGAUGACCUUCCACCCAAUGAGAAUGAGGAUAAAAGUCCCUACCCAAACCCAGAGGCUGCAGGAGAAGAGGAUGAGGAGGAGCCUGAAAUGCCUGUUGGGCCACGCCCACGACCACUCUCUGAGCUGCACCUUAAGGAAAAGGCAGUGCCCAUGCCAGAAGCCAGUGCAUUUUUCAUCUUCAGUCCCAACAACAGGUUUCGCCUCCAGUGUCACCGCAUUGUCAAUGACACAAUCUUCACCAACCUGAUCCUCUUCUUCAUUCUGCUCAGCAGCAUUUCCCUAGCUGCUGAGGACCCCGUCCAGCACACCUCCUUCAGGAACCAUAUUCUGUUUUAUUUUGAUAUUGUUUUUACUACCAUUUUCACCAUUGAAAUCGCUCUAAAGAUCCUAGGCAAUGCAGACUAUGUCUUCACUAGUAUCUUUACAUUAGAAAUUAUCCUUAAGAUGACUGCUUAUGGGGCUUUCCUACAUAAGGGCUCUUUCUGCCGGAACUACUUCAACAUCUUGGACCUGCUGGUGGUCAGCGUGUCCCUCAUCUCCUUUGGCAUUCAGUCUAGUGCAAUCAAUGUUGUGAAGAUCUUGCGAGUCCUGCGAGUACUCAGGCCCCUGAGGGCCAUCAACAGGGCCAAAGGGCUAAAGCACGUGGUUCAGUGUGUGUUUGUCGCCAUCCGGACCAUCGGGAACAUUGUCAUUGUCACCACACUGCUGCAGUUCAUGUUUGCCUGUAUCGGGGUCCAGCUCUUCAAGGGAAAGCUCUAUACCUGCUCAGAUAGUUCCAAACAGACUGAGGCAGAAUGCAAGGGUAACUACAUCACGUACAAAGACGGAGAGGUUGACCACCCCAUCAUCCAGCCCCGUAGCUGGGAGAACAGCAAGUUUGACUUCGACAAUGUUCUGGCAGCCAUGAUGGCUCUCUUCACUGUCUCAACCUUUGAGGGAUGGCCAGAGCUGCUGUACCGCUCCAUCGACUCCCACACGGAAGACAAGGGCCCCAUCUACAACUACCGCGUGGAGAUCUCCAUCUUUUUCAUCAUCUACAUCAUCAUCAUUGCCUUCUUCAUGAUGAACAUCUUCGUGGGUUUCGUCAUCGUCACAUUCCAGGAGCAGGGAGAACAAGAGUACAAGAACUGUGAGCUGGACAAGAACCAGCGACAGUGUGUGGAAUAUGCACUCAAGGCCCGCCCCCUGCGGAGGUACAUCCCCAAGAACCAGCACCAGUACAAAGUGUGGUAUGUGGUCAACUCCACCUACUUUGAGUACCUGAUGUUCGUCCUCAUCCUGCUCAACACCAUCUGCUUGGCCAUGCAGCACUAUGGCCAGAGCUGCCUGUUCAAAAUCGCCAUGAACAUCCUCAACAUGCUCUUCACCGGCCUCUUCACUGUGGAGAUGAUCCUGAAGCUCAUUGCCUUCAAACCCAAGGGUUACUUUAGUGAUCCCUGGAAUGUUUUUGACUUCCUCAUCGUGAUUGGGAGCAUAAUUGAUGUCAUUCUCAGUGAAACUAAUCACUAUUUCUGUGAUGCAUGGAAUACAUUUGACGCCUUGAUUGUUGUGGGUAGCAUUGUUGAUAUAGCAAUCACCGAGGUAAACCCAGCUGAACAUACCCAAUGCUCUCCCUCUAUGAAUGCAGAAGAGAACUCCCGCAUCUCCAUCACCUUCUUCCGCCUCUUCCGGGUCAUGCGCCUGGUCAAGCUGCUGAGCCGUGGGGAGGGAAUCCGGACCCUGCUGUGGACCUUCAUCAAGUCCUUCCAGGCCCUGCCCUAUGUGGCCCUUCUGAUAGUGAUGCUGUUCUUCAUCUACGCAGUUAUUGGGAUGCAGGUGUUUGGAAAAAUUGCCCUGAAUGACACCACAGAGAUCAACCGGAACAACAAUUUUCAGACCUUCCCCCAAGCCGUGCUGCUGCUCUUCAGGUGUGCCACGGGGGAGGCCUGGCAGGACAUCAUGUUGGCCUGCAUGCCAGGCAAGAAGUGUGCCCCAGAAUCUGAGCCCAGUAACAGCACAGAAGGAGAGGCGCCCUGUGGCAGCAGCUUCGCAGUCUUCUACUUCAUCAGUUUCUACAUGCUCUGUGCCUUCCUGAUCAUCAACCUCUUUGUAGCUGUCAUCAUGGACAACUUUGACUACCUGACAAGGGACUGGUCAAUCCUUGGUCCCCACCACCUGGAUGAAUUUAAGAGAAUCUGGGCCGAGUAUGAUCCUGAGGCCAAGGGUCGCAUCAAACACCUAGAUGUGGUGACCCUUCUCCGGCGUAUUCAGCCCCCACUGGGGUUUGGGAAGCUGUGUCCUCACCGUGUAGCCUGCAAACGUCUGGUCUCCAUGAACAUGCCUCUGAACAGUGAUGGGACAGUAAUGUUCAAUGCCACCUUGUUUGCUCUGGUCAGGACAGCCCUGAGGAUCAAAACAGAAGGGAACCUGGAGCAAGCCAACGAGGAGCUGCGGGCCAUUAUCAAGAAGAUCUGGAAGAGGACCAGCAUGAAGCUGCUGGACCAAGUAGUGCCCCCUGCGGGUGAUGAUGAAGUCACUGUUGGCAAAUUUUAUGCCACCUUCCUGAUCCAAGAAUACUUCCGGAAAUUCAAGAAGCGCAAAGAGCAGGGACUCGUGGGAAAGCCCUCCCAGAGGAACGCCCUGUCACUGCAGGCUGGCUUGCGUACGCUGCAUGACAUUGGGCCUGAGAUCCGACGGGCCAUCUCUGGAGAUCUGACUGCUGAGGAGGAGUUGGACAAGGCCAUGAAGGAGGCUGUGUCUGCUGCCUCCGAAGAUGACAUCUUUAGGAGGGCAGGAGGCCUGCUUGUCAAUCACGUCAACUACUACCAAAGCGACAGCCGGAGCGCUUUCCCCCAGACCUUCACUACCCAACGCCCACUGCAUAUCAACAAAGCUGGUAACAACCAAGGCGACACUGAAUCACCCUCCCAUGAGAAACUGGUGGACUCCACUUUCACUCCCAGCAGCUACUCAUCCACUGGCUCCAAUGCCAACAUCAACAAUGCCAACAACACAGCCCUGGGCCGCUUCCCCCCCUCCACCGGCUACCCCAGCACAGUCAGCACUGUGGAGGGCCAUGGGCCCCCCUUGUCUCCUGCUAUCCGGGUGCAGGAGUCCACGUGGAAGCUCAACUCUAGGAGGUGCCCCUCCCGGGAGAGCCAGAUAGCCAUGGUGUGUCAAGAGGAGGUGUCCCGAUAUGAGACCUACAACGUGAAGAUGAGCGAAGACGCUGAGUAUUGCAGCGAGCCCAGCCUCCUCUCCACAGAGAUGUUCUCCUACCAGGAUGAUGAAAAUCGACAGCUGACACCCCCAGAGGAGGACAAGAGGGACAUCCGACAAUCUCCAAAGAGGGGUUUCCUCCGCUCUGCCUCACUAGGUCGAAGGGCCUCCUUCCACCUAGAGUGUCUGAAGCGACAGAAGAAUCAAGGGGGAGACAUCUCUCAGAAGACAGUCCUACCCUUGCAUCUGGUCCAUCAUCAGGCAUUGGCAGUGGCAGGCCUGAGCCCCCUCCUCCAGAGAAGCCAUUCCCCCACCACGUUCCCCAGGCCAUGCGCCACCCCACCUGCCACGCCUGGUAGCCGAGCCUGGCCCCCACAGCCCAUCCCCACCCUACGGCUGGAAGGGGCCGAGUCCAGUGAGAAACUCAACAGCAGCUUCCCGUCCAUCCACUGUAGCUCCUGGUCUGAGGAGACCGUCUCCUGCGGCGGGGGCAGCAGCACUAUCAGGAGAGCCCGGCCGGUCUCCCUCACGGUGCCCACUCAGGCUGGGGCCCCCGGGAGGCAGUUCCAUGGCAGUGCCAGCAGCCUGGUAGAAGCGGUCUUGAUUUCAGAAGGACUGGGGCAGUUUGCUCAAGAUCCCAAGUUCAUCGAGGUUACGACCCAGGAGCUGGCGGACGCCUGCGACAUGACAAUAGAGGAGAUGGAGAACGCGGCCGACAGCAUCCUCAGUGGGGGCGCCCAGCAGAGCCCCAACGGCACCCUACUACCUUUUGUGAACUGCAGGGACCCGGGGCAGGACAGGGCGGGCGGCGAGGAGGACGGGAGCUGUGCGCGCGCCCUGGGGCGAGGCCGGAGCGAGGAGGAGCUCCAGGACAGCAGGGUCUACGUCAGCAGCCUGUAGUCGCAGGGCUGGGAGACGCCGGGUUUUUUAUUUGUUUCAAUGUUCCUAAUGGGUUCGUUUCAGAAGUGCCUCACUGUUCUCGUGACCUGGAGUUAACCGGAACAGCGUCUUCAUUCAUUUCUGUCGGGACAAGACGCAGAGCUGGGUGGUGUGAGAGCCCGCUUUUCAGGGGCAAGAGAAGCUGCGAGGCAGUGUGUCCACCGAGCGACGGGCGAGAAGCGGGCGGAAGAUCUCGGCGAAGAGCGAGGCCCGGGUGCACGUCCUGCGCUGUCAGCCCUGCGCCGGGUCGGCGUCGCCUCCGGCCAGAAAGGACCUACGCUCCCUGCGGCGGCUCGCUCAGAAAGGACCCUCGAGUAAACGGGUGUCUUUCAACUUCGCUUGUAAAAAAUCAUUUGCACACAUUCUGUAUGAGCCUCACUGUCCCCAUAAAGCCAGGCCCUGUGCAUUUGGAGAAGAAAGAGGAGCUGACUUCCAGCAGGAGCCCAGUCCACCAGAGAAGGACGAGGAAAGGUGGAGGAGGAAGCAGCGCUGGAGGACAGGCGCACAGAGCCCGGGUCUCGGGCAGCGUGGUGUCUUCACCCCGAGUCCCGCGGCUGCAACCCCAGCCACCUCCGCUCGCCGCGACAGGAUCCUUUUGCCUGCAGGAGGCACAAGAGCUGCAGAUCAGAGUCCGGCCAGCGUCAGCGCGAGCCAGGACAGGACCGAGCUGGCGCUGCCCGGGGAAGGAGCCGCUGGCUCUCACCGAAGGAGGUGGUGCUGAGCUUCCCUUGAGCGCUCUUUUGUUUUGUGGUUUGACAUUUUUUUCUUGACAGCAUGUUGCAGUUUUCUUUUUUCCUUUUUUUUUUUUUCCUCCUGGUUUAUUUUAUUUUUUGUUUUCCCAGGGGGAGGGAAGGAAGAAGAGCGUUUACAAAUUUUGUAUCCACCCACCUUACUGUUUUCACUUUUCAUACGUAAACCAGGUUUGGUUUUACUGUAUUCUUUAAACAGUUGCGGUUUCCUUUUUCUACGGAGGGACGGUUCAGUAGCUGCUGUAGGAGAGUUUUACCAGCCAUCGUGUAUGCUCUAUAAUUUGUUAAUUUCCUUAGGUAGUAACAACUUUUCUUUCUGGUUUGGUUUGGUUUUAUAAUUUAAAGGUAAUUGGCAAUGAAUGCACUUGAUAAGUCUUGCACAUAAGGGCGAUUGGGUUAGUUUCCUUCUUAUGCUGGGUGUGUGGGUGGGUGCAGGCGAGAGGAAGCGUGAGUGUGUGUUGAGCGAGAGUGUGUGUGUGUGUGUGUGUGUGUGUGUGUGUGUGUAGUGGGUUGUUUGUGUGCAUGUCUAUGUUGUGAGAGCGUAUAUGCACCCACGCAGUGUGCCCAUGCACACAGAUGAGUGCAGAGUUUCCCCUUUCUGGCUUCACUGUGGGGAGAUCUGAAUCUAGGGCCAUUUGAAAGCAAAAACAAACCACUUUCUCUGCUUCUGAAACGGGAAUCAGUAACUCUUUGCAUUUUCUGUCCCACAAGAUAUGCAAAAACAAUGCAAUAAUAUUCAUUUUAAAAAUACAAUUGUGAGUCGUGUUGGCAUUAGAACUGUAUUUAAAAAACACACAGAAAUUUAAGAAAAAAAAACUCAAGAAGGCAUUUUGCUUCGAUAUAUUCCGUGUAAUGUUUUAUUGCAUUGAUAAUGUUUCUGUUGAAGAAACCGUUAUACUUGAAUUCAGGUCAGUUUCAGUAUUUUUCAAAUAUUUUUUUAAAACUGAAUUGCAAUUGUGCCAAGCGAAUAUAAUGAAUUAAGUUUGUUUUUGAAUUCACUUCUUGUAUAUUUUGCUGCAUGUAAAGUAAACCAUUUUGUAUUUGGAGUGUGACAAGCUUUACCUUUGAACUCAAGUGCUUUUCUAUAUGUGGUUGGGGGAAAGGAAGGAUAUUUCUUUUCACUUGUACAAUGCACAAAGGUAUCCCCAGCGAAAGUCAUUACUCUUCUAUCCACAAACAGGUUCAGACAUGACUGUUUUGCAUAUCUUGUGUUCACUUCCUUUUCCCUCAAUUCUUCCAAACCCCUGUGAUAGGGUAUAUGUGUACCACGUCUUAUUUUCAGAGACCAGGACAUGUUUCAUUCAGGUCUUCACUCUCUCCUCUCUGCUGUGGUUCUCUGACUCAGUACUUGUCCAAGAGCAGCCUUUCCAUGAGGUGCAGUGAGGCAUGAGCAUCCCCCUAGGAAGAGGUGACUGUCUUUUCUGGUCACUCCCACAGCACAAAGGUUUGGGUUCCUCAGUAACUCCCACACUGGCAGAGGAUGAAAUUAAGUUCAAACUGAUGGGAGGGGUGGGGUAGCCUACCUUCAGACAACUGGUCUACCCAAAUGGAGCUAGUUCUGCUAGAGAGAGGAAACUGGGUGAACCCCUGAUCCUUACAGAAGUCACACUGUCAGACUCAGGUCAUCCUUUCCUCACUCUACAGCAGAAUUCCCUCCAGACCCACACUAAUGUAUGUGUCAGUGAGUGGGACCCCAACAAGAGAGAGAGUAUCAGGAAUUCACAAUGGUGGAGGCAACAGGUUUUAUGGGGGCAUAUCUUAUGUUCAUUGGAACAUCACCUUGUUAGUGCUGUGUCCUUCAAUUACACUAAUGACAGUUGAAAAAGUACUGUUUGGGAGAAAUUAGCACCCAACAGUUUACCCAGAAUUUACCCACUGGAUCUCUUCCAGUUCCAGUUGGUUAGAAAUUACAGUAGGGGACUGUCCAUUCCUUGGUGAAGAUGAGUUUCACUUCCAUGAACUGAUUCAUGGAAACAUGGAAAAAUAUACCCAAUACUCCUGAGUUAACCAGAGUCUAGAAACAGUGUUUCUUCAUGGUUUUCCAUGUUCAACCCACCCAGACACUCAUGGUUUCUUUCAGUACUGACAAGGUCUUUUAGAAAUUAAGAUUAGUUGUCAUUCUUUAUCCAGUUUCCCAAAAUUUCUACCACUGUGCUGCUGAGAUUUUGGUUAUGAAGGAGAGGGGAGUCCUUUUGAAUUGAUAUUUGAUUCUUGCUUACAUUUGGACCCUAGAAAGAAAUUUGGAAUUUUGAUUGCUUUUACAUAUGCAUGCACUUGCACCCACACACACAUACACACUCAUACUUUUCAUUCUGCUUCUCUUUUCCUUUUGAACUUCCACUCUGCAUCACCAAGUGCCAUUGUGCAAUGGCAUGGACUGCAGGCUGGGCUCAUGACAGCUCCUCAGUGUCGUACACCCUCACCUCCAUGGGCUGUCUUCUCCAUAGCCAACACAGGGAAAAAGACCAGAAUGGUCUUCUCCCUGCACCUGACAAGAAUAGCAUCAGCAAAGCUAGGUGUGGUGGCACAGGGUUGUAAUCCCAGCAACUUGGGAGGCUGAGGUAGGAAGAUCACGGCCUCCUCCUUAACUUAUCAAAACUUGGUCUCAAAAUAAAAAAAAAAUAAAAAGGACUGGGGCUGGGGGUUGUAGUUCAGUGAUAGAGCAUCCCUGGGUUCAAUCAAUCCCCAGUACUACCAAAACCCAAAAAAAGAGUGGCAUCUUCUGCAGCCCUUCUGACAGCCCCUGAGUGCCAGGAUAAAAGUGUCCAGUGACUGAGGACCAAGGAACUUGAAGGAGUGCAGUUACAUUCUGCAGUUUGGAAAACUUCGUUUUUCCUCUGACUAGCCCUUUCUUUUCUAUUUCCACACCUUGAUCUUUAAAAGUUUUUCAAGUGCAUGCACACAUCAAACAGAGAAAGAUGCCAGCUGUCUCCUUUCUGCCUUAUUCUAGGAGACUUUUUCCUAGAUUUCUGCUUGAUUCAUGAAAUUUCCCCUGCUUUGGUUCAGCAGCUGUUAGGCAUACCCCAUUCCCACUUCCUAACCUCAAUCUUCCCUUUGACUAGAAUAAUCAAGUUCAGGUGCAAGACUGUCAUUCUCCCUCCUGUUUCCCUGGUUCUAAAUUCCAGGUGCCUGUCACUUUCUCAUAGCCCUUCUCCAUCCAGGACUGACCAGUUGAAGACAGGAGGGCAUCUGCUGAGUGUGCCUUCCCAUGGCAAAGCCAUGUCCUUGUGAGGAUUAGAACACCCUGAGAAGGAGGGGACUGGAAGUCAGCAGAGGAUGGUGGCUGCUCUACAGGGGACAGUUGAUCCACCCCCCAGAGCCCACAGGCAGAGAAAUAGAGGAUUUAGGCUAGGUGUGAGUGGAACCCUCGUGGUCAGGGUGAUAGCCUCAUGAACCCAUAUUGAAAAUGUUGCCAACGAGGAAAAUGGCAUCUCUAUACCUAGGGACCUAGAAUAAUUGAAAUCUUAUUGUCUAGGGGUUAGAAACCCUUUAGCAAAGUGGCUAAGAAAGGGUCAUCUGACUUCCAGAAGAGAUGCUUAAAACUCAGGAAGUCAAAACUUGCUCUUAGAGUGCAGGCAAAUUCUGCCUUUUAAAGACCUGCCUCUGAGAGAAAUGUCAGCACAAAAAACCAGAGGGGACGUUGAGGCAAGAGAAGGGCAGGUGUUGACUCCCCAGGUGUCUGUUCCCAUUUGAUGGAAAGAAGUGCUCAGUUCAGCCACCCAUAAUGACCAGCACCAUGGAGAGGCCAGAGCCUCAAGGAUCUACUUUAGAAAAUGAGAAAAUUACAAUUCCAACCCGGGGUUGUCUUCCCCACCGAGUCAGGUCACCUGGCAGACGCCCCUACCCUGCGUUAGCCAGUGACAGGCUGUAGCAGGCUCCUGUCAAAGACCAGAGAAACCCCAUCUCAGUCACCUAAGGCCAGGUUCUUCAGAAGCUGCUUGUUGUGGUGAUAUAAGGGAAGGCUGUGAAGCUGGAAGUAACCUAGGAUUGUCAGGGUUCAGGGAUGGUGCACUUCUGCCUCUUCUUGGAAGUCCUUUCUUCUCCCUUCCUCCCCAACUCCCUGCUGUCCUCCUCCACUCAGCCUAGAAGAGGGUCAGAGUUGAAAGGAGUCCCUGUGCAGAUUUUUAUAGUUUUUUGUUUUAACUUUAUAUAUUAUUUAUUUAUUAUUUUUCAAAGCAACAAAACAUUGUUUCGUGGCACCAGAUACCAACACAACAAGUAAGCAGUUUUCUACCAGAUUCCCAGUGUUGGGGAGACACUUGAAUCAAUAUCUCUUUGUCUCUCUUUGUCUCUCUCUGUCUCUCAUCUCUCAUGCACACACACACACACACACCAUAAGGUACCAGCAUGAGGUUGAGCUCCUGAUCAGUGACUUUUCCAUAGAAGGGUGAGGACCCUGUAGAGGGGACACUGAGAGAACCAGAGCAACUUCCUUGGGUGGAAAUGGUGCCAUCUGAACCUAUUAUUAUCAUGGAAUAAAUAUUAUUUACCUGCACUGAGAAAAUACUAACACUCCUAAAUUGACACUUUGUCCUGCAAUGACCUGAAGAAGUUUCACCCACAGCACAUGAGCUGGUAAAGACUUGGGACUCGGGUGUAUCAGAAAACGCUUUUAAUCCAUUUCUGAAGCCGGAGUGGAGAUUGUAGCUGGAUGUGCCCAGCAUGAUGAAACAGUGCAACCUCGAGAGGAGUCAGAGUUGAGAUUUCCCAGGAAAAUUCUCUGAAAUUUCUGCUAACAAAAAGGAACACAGGAAAAAGGCCAGGUAUUAGAGAAAAGUUUCAUAUGUCAUGUCACCAGAGCCAAAUUCUCUCCCUUCAGAUCAGGUACUUGUUCCUUCAGGGGUGUGCCCCCUGUGUGGGGCAUCCUGUGCACCCCAAUUUUCAGAAUCUAAAUAAUUUGACUUGUGUGAACCUUCCAGAAUGGAUAACAUGCCAUUUAUAUCAACUUUCCAUUCAAAAUAUCACUCAUGGUCUUCCUCAAGGUCAUUAUCUGGUGGAAGCUCUGGUGGAAGAGGGUGUAGGUUUUAAGAGAGGUAAUUUCUAUGUGAAGACAUGCAGAAAUGGACUGAAUGGUUCUUGGUGACUCCGUGGGUCUGGAGAAUUCCUGCCUGGUGUUCUUAGAGCCCUCAGGAUUAUAUGCAGGAGGGUAAGGAAGAGGAGGGUGAGCAGGCACCGGGUAAGCAGGGGUUCAAUUAUCAUGGAACCUGAGGGUGCAGGUUUCAGACCCCCUUGAAGAAGUGUCUCCUGAAUUGUCGAGAGGAGAAGAGAGAAGUCUCCUUUCUGUAGAGCGUAAAAGGGACAAAAAAGGAUAGAUCACCAGAUGCUCCCCCAAGACUUCCCAACAUGGAGAAACUACACAAAGUCAGGCAGGGACUUGAGAAUCAAGGACAGAUGGUUUGUAAAUUAACAAUGCUGUGCAAAGGGCUCCUUGAGAAGGCAUCUCAGAGGUCCAAAUGCUGUGAGCACUUCCCUGCUUCCCCACACCAUCCCGACCCUGCGUCAGCUGCAUCCCACCACCCGAGUUCGGAAUCCAUCCCUCGGCUUCCCUACCCAUGGUCCAGGCACCACUCUGUAGCUGAGUCCUACCCUCCCAGAACACAUGCGAUUCUCCUAUGCCAUAGUGGGACAGAGGUUCUGCACUGAAAUAGGCCAGGGGUGACAAAGGAAUAACCAGGUUUGGAAAUAUCUGUGAUGGUAAUCAUCUGGAAAAACCAGUGAAAAAAAACGAACAAGUUCAUUAAGAUCUGGGGUGACACAUCCCAGUGGUUGAAGCACUGGAAUGACUAUUACCUUCAUAACAUUGCUCUUUUACUUCAACAUGCCAGAGCUACUGAGCAAAAUGCCCCCCCAUGUAAGAGGGUCCAGAUGAAGCCUGUCCAUCCUGUCCUCACAUCCUCCUGCUCGGACCGCCUUCAUGCCCCCAACCCAACCUGUAUCAUACCUGUUCAGAGAGAGGGAUGCCGAGAGGUGGACAGUGCCUCUGUGUCACCAUCCCACACACACACCUGCACACCCCCACUCCUGCCCCUCCAGUCUCAAGGACUUCACAGUCUGCCUGGGUUAAAUAUUGCUGUACAGUCUGUAAUCAGACCAUCCCGUUGUUAAAGGUCUCGCCUGCCACGCCUUCUCGCCCUUGAGCAAGGCCAGGGAUCUAGAAGGGGAAACCUUUCCAGAAGAGCUUCAGGGUCAUCUCUGUGUGAGAAGCUAUUGUAUAUUCCUGUAAGAUUGCAUUUUUAUCUACGGAAUGAUGUUAUUUAAAAAACAAACAAAAAACACAAAAAAUAAGAAUUGCAAAUAAAUUUCUUAACAAUGUCAAC